GCUAACUGCAUUUGGCCAUCAACAACAUGAAGGUCGUGAACGCACGGAAGCAGCGGCGCCAACAAGAACGCCAGGAGAAGAAACAGCACAAGAACAAACGAGCUCAGCAAAAGAAGAGCAUGCCAACCACUAAUGGUAAAGCCACCAACCACGUUGCAUUUAAGGGCAAGCGAAAGGCUCCACCGAGUGCGACCGACGCGUCGAAGCGACCGAGGAUGGUCAUACAGAACAAGUUCAUGGAGAUGAUCCAAGCUCAGGCAGAUGAAGGAACAAUAUCGUUGACGACGUCGGCCAAGGGCAGUACUCGCGCUUCGAAAAAGUACCGAUCUGCCGAGGACGAGGCAUUGAAGAAGCUGGAGGCAAACUUAGGCGUGACAAAGGCCAAUGGCCUAGCCAAGCUGAAUAAAGAAUUCGAAAACGACGGGCUCGGCAAUGACUUUGCCGAUUUCUUGACGAGUUUGGACGAUUUAUCCAAGAGGAUCAAGGGCAGCGAGGAAUCCGAAGAGUCGCAUGACUCGUUGGACAGUGACGACGACGGCAGCGAGUCGAUGGACGACGAGAUGCAGGAAGAAAUGGACAAGCUUGCGAGCGAAGAUGCAUCGUUUUUGCAAGGGUUCGACGACUUGCCCACCGAUGACGAAGAAGAGGACGAUGACCUGGCCCAAUAUGACAGCGACAACUUGAGCGACGAUGACGAAGUGGCCGAAAAUACCAAGGCGAAUCAACUCGCAACAGCUAUUGGCAAUGGCAGUCGUGGUGAAACAUGCGACGAUAAUCCACCGGUAGACGGCUCUCUCGACGAACAAGACAAUGACGACGAUGAACCCGCAAGCUCCGAUGAAAACACAACAGUCUCGGCAGUGGUAGAAGAAGACAUCUACGGACGGCCUAAGGCACCUCCCGUCAGUUCCAGCGGCUCGAGUCGCUAUGUUCCGCCGCAUUUGCGACUCGCUUCGUCAAACAAUGAGAACUUGCUUCGAGAAAUCCGUCGCCGAGUGAACGGUCAGCUCAAUCGCUUGUCGGAGAGCAAUAUGGAGUCCAUCGCAAUGGAAUUUGAGUCGAUCUAUCGGUCGCACGUUCGUGCAGAUGUCAACCGCGUAUUGUUGGAGGCAUUGCUUGCAUCGUGCUGUCACGAGACUCAAGUUAUGACGCAAUUGAUCACAGUCCAUGCAGCCCUCCUCGCGGCGCUGUUCCAUUCGGUCGGGACUGAAAUCAUCGGUUUCUUUAUUGAGAACUUUGUGCAACUAUUUCACAAGAAAUUGGAAACACUCCGCGCGACGACACCGAGCAACAUGGACGAAGUGCCGUCGAAAGAAACUUCCAACUUGCUGCUCUUCAUCACGAGCUUGUAUGGCUUUGAAACUGUGCAUUGCACGUUGGUAUACGACAUUUUCCGAUAUUUAUCGGACAGUUUCCAGCCCAUGGACGUUGAAUUGCUGCACCUUUUGUUGCAACAUUGCGGGCCAUCUUUGCGCGCGGACGAUUCCAGUGCUCUUUCCGAAAUGAUCACCAUAAUCCAGGCAAAGGCUGCAACUCAUGAAGACAAACGUGUUCAGUUUUUGCUCGACCUCAUUUCCAACUUGAAGAAGCAAAAAGCCAAGGCGAAAGGCACGUCCGCUUUGUCGUCGGAUCGAUUCUUGCAAUUGCGAAAAUGGAUUGGCCGAGUGAAGAGUCGCGUGGGCCACUCGAACAACGCCUUGCGUGUUGCCUUUUCGGAGCUCUUGGCUGCGGAUGCCCAGGGACGAUGGUGGAUUAUUGGCGGAACAUGGGUGCCUCCAAGCCAACCUGCAGCAAAGAAAAACGAAAGUUCUCGGACCAACAGUCUCCUUCGCUUGGCGGAGAAACAACGCAUGAAUACAGAUGUCCGUCGCUCCAUCUUCUGUGCCAUUAUGGGUGCUUCCGAUUUCAUCGAGGCCUACGACGCUGUCGUGAAACUGGGCCUCAAGGACAAGCAAGAACGAGAAAUUAUUCGAGUGAUUCUCCACUGUUGCGGAAGUGAAGCAAAGUACAAUCCAUUCUACGCCCUUCUCGCAUCCAAGUUUGCUUUGAGUGACACGCGGUAUAAAUUUACGCUGCAGCUUGCGUUUUGGGACGUGUUCAAGCAGAUGGCCGAGUGGAAGCCUCGGCAAGUGUUCAACAUGGGCUGUUUGCUGGCGAGUCUUUUGGAGUCGGACGCAAUGUCCUUGACGUGCCUCAAGGUUUUGGACUUUACCGACUUAUCUCCCGCAGCCAUUCUCUUUCUUAAAGUUGUGUUUGAGAAAUUGCUUUCGGCCGACGACGAAGCCGCCGUCAUUGGGGUGUUUGAACGCAUGGCACUGCACAAAGUCAAGGUGCCAGGGCUUCGAGAUGGAAUCACAGUGUUCCUGCACCAGCACAUGAUGCCGUACAAAUUCAAGAACCUGCUGGGAAAAGUGCGAGCAAAGAUGGUGGCGGCCUUGCUUGACGUGGUUGGCAAAAAGUAACCAGGCCCGGCGCCGCGCUGGAUGGAUGCUCCAAGAUAGAUUUUGAAUGCAUGCACGUUCAUCGUCUGUGGUGUUGUUGAUGCGGGCUGGCUGCUUUGGACUUGAGGUUGCGUCUACGUACGUAUUCUCCAUGUCCAUCCAUCCAGCGCGAU